AUGUCGCCGCUUCCAGAACCCAGCACCCCAGCACUCACGGAAAUGGACCGGAGGGGAGACGUUGUCUUCGUCGUCGGGGCCGCGGGCAACGAUACCCCGGUCCGGAGGUUCCGCGUGUGUUCCCGGACCAUGGCCCGCGUAUCCCCAGUCUUCGAUCGGAUGCUGCACGGCAACUUUUCGGAAUCGAAGCCGACGUCCACCGCCACGGAUCUGCUUUCUUCAUCUGUAGCUCCCAGCACACCCACAAAAGAAUGGGUCGUCAAUCUUCGGGACGACAAGCCCGAGGCGUUCGACCUCUUUGCGAGCAUCGCGCACAGCCAGUACCGGCGGAUCCCGAGGAGCCUGUCUGUCGAUAGGCUGUACGAGCUGACGGUCCUGACGCAUUACUACGACGCCACGCCGGUGCUCUCACCGUGGUUGCAGGCGUGGGAAGCGGGCAUCGGGGACGGGGCAGAGAUGAACAGCAGUCACGUGGCUGGGCGAGACGGGGAGUUGCUGAUGCCCAAGGUGUUGUGGAUCGCGUGGGAGCUGGGACACAAGCAGCUGUUUGAGGGGACGGCGAGGAGGAUGGUUAUGGAGAGCUGUGGGAGUUUGUUUGGGGACGAUAGUGGGCUAGGGGAGCUGAGCAUGCCGCCCGAUGUAAUUGAGCGCGUCGCGGCCAUCCGCACCCAGACCAUCCAGUCCAUCAUGGACGUCUUCCGCGACCUGGCCUCGAAGCUCGUCCGCGUCGACGAGGGGCCGCGCUGGUGUCGGCACGCGUCGUACAUGGGCCCGCACCGCUGCGAGAGCAUGAUCCUCGGCAGCAUGACCUUCUGCCUGACACGGGCGGGGCUCUGGCCGAUCCCCGAGGCCGAGGACGUCGAGGAGAGCGUGCUGACGCUGUACUCGACGCUUAUGAACCUCGUGAUCCACGACAUUGGACGGCCCGGGGAGAAGGGCGGCGCGGACCACAGCGAGUGCAACCCGCGCGGGUUCCUCAUGGAGCGGAUCAAGACCAUCCUGGGCGAGGUGGGAAGUCCCGUGACGGAGGGUCACCGGAGGCAUCUGGACAGGCAGAUUCAGAGGUUGCUUGUUUGA